AUGGCCUACAACUACGGUCCACCUCCCCCGCCUCCUUCAGGCUCGGCACCUCAGAACUCCCCUGCGAGCUACCCUCCAUCAUAUGGCCAGCCGUAUCCCCAACGUGGUGGCGGUCAUGGAGGCCACAGUGGCCGAGGCCGUGGAGGUGGAGGACAAGACCGUGGGGGGUUCAGCCAGCCAGCUCCUCCUGCCUAUAACUACGGCCAGCAUCCAGCAGCUCCGUACGGUGCCCAGCCUCAACCACCCUACGCCGGUUCGCACCCGCAGCAACCGCAACAGCAGCAGGGAAAUUAUCAAACACCGCAGCACUGGCCACCGGAGCAUUCCCAGCACCCACAGCAUGGCCCGCAGCCUCCGUCCCACCCUCCGCUGCAUGCUCAAAACUACCAUCCGAACUACGCACCGCAGAUCUACCAGCAGUCGUACGGCGGGCAGCCUCCGUACCCGCAAGCACCCCAGCCUCCCUACGGCCAAGUCUACGCUGCACCAGUGCCACAGCCUAGCCCUCCAGCUCAGGCAUGGGGCGGCCACCCGCAGCCACCCCAGAGUCAGAACCCAUAUGGCGGUGGUGGACGGGGCGGUCGGGCCUACAAUGAGCGAGGCGGUGGUAGUAGUCAGCUGAUGGGGCCCCCAAUUAGGAUAGGGUUUGACGGAAACAGCGUCCCACAACCUCCCCCUGCUCCAGUGAGCGGUGCAUACCCGCCUCAGCCUUAUGGCGCGCCUCAUGGUCCUCCUGCACCGUAUCCUCCCGCGCCGUAUCAAGGAUAUCCGCCUCCGGCGCCAUAUGUGCCGGGAUCGGCACCUUACGAGCGUCACCCCAAUCACGGUGCUCGUCAGAACAACCGUGGUGGUUUUCACAAUGCAAAGUCUCGUGGCCAGUUCGGCGGCGACAAGAUGCGCAACCGCAAUGCCCAUGGUGCAAACGCGCAAACUACUCCUACUCACCAUCAGAAGCCUGAUGCCGCAUCUGCGGGAAAGAAGAAGAAGCGUAAAACGAACACACUUGGACUGACACCGGGUGACGAGUCUGACGAGGAUGACGAAAACGAGGAGGAACGUCUCAAGGAGAUGUAUGGCGACGAAGCACCCAAUCCCACCCACCCAACAGACAUCCAGAACUGGAUCGCAGAGCGUCGGGCAAACUUCCCUACUAAAGCUAAGAUCGAGCUGAAGAAGAAGACCGCGGAACAAUCCCAGGCCAGUGACGCCACCAAGGCAACGGACAACAGAGAGGCGCAGCUUGAAAAACAAAAACAGAAAGCGGAGAAGCUUAGAAAGCAGCUCGAGAAAGUUGAAUCGAGUAUCAAGAGAAAGAGAGAACAACAAGAUGAGGGAGAUGAGAUGCGGGAUAUUGACCUGACGUCGUCCCCCUCAAGUGAUUCGAAGUCGGAUGACGAGAAGCCUGAAGUCAUGUCCACUCGUCAGGAGCCUGACAAUUUACCUCCACCGCCAAAGAAGGCUGACCCCACGAAGCACUGCAAGUACUAUUCAACAGGUGGAACAUGCGGCAAGCGGGGCAAGUGCCGCUUUGUCCACGACCCCGCUGUUCGUGAAGCCGCCCUCAAGGAGCGGGAGAUGAAUGGCGGACGCAUGACCCUUCAGCAGCGUCUCAUCUUGAACGACAAAGCCCAGGAAGAUCUCACAAUUAUGGAGACACUUAAAUAUUUGGGGGACAAGGGUAUUCUCAAGAAAGAACUCACGGCCAAAGCUUCACGAGUUACAGCAGCGAAAGCAGAGGAUGGGCAGAAUUCUGCUCCUCAAUCUCAGCUUCCUCAGGCUGCCAUUGUCAAGAAGGAGUCCCCUAUCAAUGGUCUCCCCCCUAUUCCGCCGCCAAGCGCAGUCUCCAACAAUCCAGCUGUUAAGUACCCUGGAUGGAAUCUUGGCGGCUACGGUAGUACGGGAGUUGUUCGACCAGGCGAAACCUAG